CGGGCGCCUGGGGCCACCGAGCCGCCGCUUCCCGGCGUGGGCUCGGAGUUUGGGGAAGCCGAGCAGGUGGCGCAGCCACUGCCCACCUCCUGCGAACUCUGCGGGGUUCUGGUCUUGUUGAUGUUGUGGCUGUGGGCUGCGUGUGUGUUUUUCUUUUUUUUUUAACCACACACAAAAGAAGGGAGGAGUUAGAGGAACGAUCUAGCCACUAUGAGUCAUCCCACACUUCGCUCUUUCCCCGGGAGAGCAAAUGCAUGAGGAGAAUGUCUUGAGAAACAGAAUUCCUAACCAGCAUAAUGCUGGAGCCGGGGGCCACCAGCCUGCAGUUUUCAGAAUGGCCGAGUUGGACGCUGAUUUGGAUCGCAUCCUUCCCUCUCCUGUUCUUCCUCCUUUCUGGGCUAAGUUAGUAGUGGGAUUGGUGGCCAUUGUGUGUUUUGCACGGAGCUAUGAUGGAGACUUUGUCUUUGAUGAUUCAGAAGCUAUUGUUAACAAUAAGGACCUCCAAGCAGAAACACCCCUCGGUGACCUGUGGCACCAUGACUUCUGGGGCAGUCGACUGAGCAGCAACACCAGCCACAAGUCCUACCGACCUCUCACCGUCCUGACUUUCAGGAUUAACUACUACCUGUCAGGAGGCUUCUACCCCAUGGGCUUUCACAUGGUCAACAUCCUUCUUCAUGGUGGCAUCUCUGUCCUCAUGGUGGACGUCUUCUCGGUUCUGUUUGGUGGCCUACAGUACACCAGUAAAGGCCGGAGGCUACACCUCGCCCCGAGGGCGUCCCUGCUGGCUGCACUGCUGUUUGCUGUCCAUCCUGUGCACACCGAAUGUGUUGCUGGUGUUGUCGGCCGUGCAGACCUCCUGUGUGCCCUGUUCUUCUUGUUAUCUUUCCUUGGCUACUGUAAAGCAUUUAGAGAAAGUACCAAGGAGGGAACGCAUUCUUCCACCUUCUGGGUGCUGCUGAGUAUCUUUCUGGGAGCAGUGGCCAUGCUGUGCAAAGAGCAAGGGAUCACCGUGCUGGGUUUGAAUGCGGUAUUUGACAUCUUGGUGAUAGGCAAAUUCAAUGUUCUGGAAAUUGUCCAGAAGGUACUACAUAAGGACAAGUCAUUAGAGAAUCUCGGCAUGCUCAGGAAUGGGGGCCUCCUCUUCAGAAUGACCCUGCUCACCUCCAGCGGGGCCGGGAUGCUCUAUGUGCGCUGGAGGAUCAUGGGCACUGGCCCGCCCGCCUUCACCGAGGUGGACAACCCGGCCUCCUUUGCUGACAGCGUGCUGGUGAGGGCCAUAAACUAUAAUUACUACUAUUCAUUGAAUGCCUGGCUGCUGCUGUGUCCCUGGUGGCUGUGUUUUGAUUGGUCAAUGGGCUGCAUCCCCCUCAUUAAGUCGGUCAGCGACUGGAGGGUAAUUGCACUUGCAGCGCUCUGGUUCUGCCUAAUUGGCCUAAUAUGCCAAGCCCUGUGCUCUGAAGAUGGCCACAAGAGAAGGAUCCUUACUCUGGGCCUGGGAUUUCUCGUUAUCCCAUUUCUCCCCGCGAGUAACCUGUUCUUCCGAGUGGGCUUCGUGGUCGCGGAGCGAGUCCUCUACCUCCCCAGCGUCGGGUACUGUGUGCUGCUGACUUUUGGAUUUGCAGCCCUGAGCAAACACACCAAGAAAAAGAAACUCAUCGCAGCUGUCGUGCUGGGGAUCGUACUCAUCAACAUGCUGAGAUGCGUGGUGCGCAGCGGCCAGUGGCGGAGUGAGGAACAGCUUUUCAGAAGCGCCCUGUCCGUGUGUCCCCUCAACGCUAAGGUUCACUACAACAUUGGCAAAAACCUGGCUGAUAAAGGCAACCAGACAGCCGCCAUCAGAUAUUACCGGGAAGCUGUAAGAUUAAAUCCCAAGUAUGUUCAUGCCAUGAAUAAUCUUGGAAAUAUCUUAAAAGAAAGGAAUGAACUACAGGAAGCUGAGGAGCUGCUGUCUUUGGCUGUUCAAAUACAGCCAGACUUUGCUGCUGCGUGGAUGAAUCUAGGCAUAGUGCAGAACAGCCUGAAACGGUUUGAAGCAGCUGAGCAAAGUUACCGGACGGCGAUUAAACACAGAAGGAAAUACCCAGAUUGUUACUACAACCUCGGGCGUCUGACACAGGCAGGAAGAGACCCCGAGACCACCCUUCACAAGUAUGCAGAUCUCAAUCGCCAUGUUGAUGCCUUGAAUGCGUGGAGAAAUGCCACCGUGCUGAAACCAGAGCACAGCCUGGCCUGGAACAACAUGAUAAUACUCCUCGACAAUACAGGUAAUUUAGCCCAAGCUGAAGCAGUUGGAAGAGAGGCACUGGGAUUAAUACCUAAUGAUCACUCUCUCAUGUUCUCAUUGGCAAACGUGCUGGGGAAAUCCCAGAAAUACAAGGAAUCUGAAGCUUUAUUCCUUAAGGCAAUUAAAGCAAAUCCAAAUGCUGCAAGUUACCAUGGUAAUUUGGCUGUGCUUUAUCAUCGCUGGGGACAUCUAGACUUGGCCAAGAAACACUAUGAAAUCUCCUUGCAGCUUGACCCCACGGCAUCAGGAACCAAGGAGAAUUAUGGUCUGCUAAGAAGAAAGCUAGAACAAAUGCAAAAGAAAGAUGUCUGAUCCUUUUUCCUUCAUGUUUUGAGUUUGAGUGUGUGUGUGCAUGAGGCAUAUCAUUAAUAGUAUGUGGUUACAUUUAACCAUUUAAAAGUCUUAGACAUGUUAUUUAUUUUAUUGAUUUUUCUAUGAAAACAAAGACAUGCAAAAAGAUUACAGCACCAGCAAUAUACUCUUGAAUGCUUGAUGUGACUUUUGCAUUGAAAUUGUAUUUUUUCAGACAACUCAAAUGUAAUUCUAAAAUUCCAAAAAGUCGUCUUUUUUUUAAUUAAACAGAAAAAGAGAAAAAACUAUCUUGAGCAACUUUGAGUAGAAUUGAACAUACAUUUAGGAUCUGAGCCUUGUCAUGUAUGGACCAGCAAGCACUACUAAACUUCAGUGAUGGCCGAGAAAGGACAGGCUGACUCCUGCAAUUUGUAUAAAUAAUGAACUUGUCUGUAUAUUAGCAUUUUUAUUUAAUGACAAAACAAAUUAAGAUUCUUGUUUUUUAUCUCUUUUUUUAAACAAUAUACUGUGAACCUCGUUUGUAAGGAAAUAUUUAUUUGUAUUUUUAUGUUUUGAAUAGGGCAAAUAAUUGAAUGAGGAAUGGAAAUUUUAACGUUAGUGUAUCUAUUUGCUUAUCCCCAUAGGAAGAAAUUGACUCUUGCAGUAGUUUUUGAAUGCUCUGACUUGUGCAGUUUCAAUAUAUAGGAGGUUAUAUAUAAUAUUUUACAUAGACAGUUACUAUCAAUAGAAAGUUGAAGCCACACUUUAGGCAAGAGCAGGCAGCCUCACAUCUUUAUUUUUGUUACAUCCAGGGUUAAGAGGGCAACACAUCUAUGUAAGCUGCUUUUUAGUGUUUUUAACUGUAAAGCCAUUUUCCAUUCCGCUUAAUGAAACUACAGACAUUACUCUAUCCGGAAAAUGCAAAAUUUUCUCUCAAAUGGAGCCACAUUCGGGGAAUUUGUGGUAUUUUUAGGAAUUGAGUUGUUCCUGCUGUUUUAUUUCAUCCAAACAAUGUUUUGUUCUUCUCUGUAUGCUGUUGACCGAAUGAUUUCUGCAAUCUCUAUAAUUUCUUACACAGUAAAAUUAUUACACUAACUAGCAUGAAAAUGCCAUAUUGCCUUCUUAAUCAAUGAUUUUUAAGUAGUGAACUUUGUAUCCUCCUUUACCUUAAAAUGAAAUCAAAGUGACCAGAUCA